AUUAUUAGUUUCGAGCAGAGGAAGUUGCUACAGUCAAAGUAAAGGAAUAUGGCUUUGAAUCCAAGAUUGAACGGAUAGAUCAAGUGACAACAACUUAUUUUGAUGUUGAAACAAAACUUACAUCAUGAGUUCCUGGGAAGUUAUUGAGCCAGGAGAAUACAAGUAUCCAUUUGCAUUAAAGUUUCCAAAUGUCAAUUUUCCGCCUUCUUCUGAUGAUCCACCAGGGUUUUCGAUUCAUUACAUAUGGUCAGCUCACCUAGAUGGAGCAGCGUCCAAUCCAGGAAUACGUUCGAAGGAUUAUGUCAUUCCCUAUCGUCCCAUCAUCUCUGCUCCUCCAACCAAGCAAUGGUCUUUUACUCAAACCUUGCUUCAUAACGACAAAAAGGUUCCUGUUGCUAAUUUAACCGCCUUUGUACCUAGAAAAGCAUUUUGCCCUGAUGAGGAAGUGGAUAUGUCUUUGAAUAUUGAAAGUUUAUCUGCUGACAUGAUUGUAUCAGCUGUAAACUUUACAUUUAACAAACACACUGACGGGCAGAUUCAAUUACAACGAGGGCUUGCGCGAAAGUCUAAAGUAAGGCAGAUACUUCAGGCGAACGUGCCAGUGCCAGGAAACGCGGGAAAUGUCCAUGUACCAGUUCAUAUGCAUGUACCGACUAGACUCGUAUCACCCUCCUUCCAAUCUCGUCAUAUCAAUGUAUAUUAUGAUAUUGUAUUCACCAUUCAGUUCUCUAACCGUAGUUCUAUCCUUAAGUCGAAUGCCUCGGCCGACUUUACCUUACCCAUCGGAAUCACCAACCUGCCCCAUAAUCAUCUUUUACAUAUCCACAACUUGACUUCUGUACUCUCCUAUCAGGACUCAAAAGAAUCGCCCGUUUUCUUUGACCCAAGCCUAGACGAACCUCCUUCACAACACCACCAAAAUUGGGGACCAUUGUCAUCUACCUUAUCCACUCCUGUUACAUCACCACCAAGUUAUUUUAGUCUACCAGACUUACCCUCUCAGUUUAUUCAACGGGAUAGAGAAGAAAAGACAGUGUUUACUAGUCGAUUGAUUAAGCCUGGUAUGUGUCCUGAACUUGGAGAACCCAUUGUGAUUGUGUCUGAACAUAAGAAUUAUGAAUGGUAAAAAGAAAAACAUCAGGAAUUACUAUUAUUUGUGUAUAUACGUUUCUAUAUUGUAUUUUUUUUUUUUUCUUUAUUACUAUUGCUACUAUUUUAUUCAUUUAUAAAAAGUAAUGUUUACUUAGUUACUGUCAAAUCAUCGUUAUUUUAGAAACUAAUGUCGCUUUCUUAAUGCUGGCUGGAGAUUUUUGCUAGUUUCAGAGUAAAACACAGCGUGGGUUGAAUGAUCAAAAUUCACUCUUUAAAGUAACGAAUGUGGUGAGCAAUGCACUGAGAUUGAAAAGAUGUUUUCU